GCUACCCCUUUGCCUCUUCUUUAAGUACUCUGCUCUUCCUCUCCUCAGACCCUCACAUCUCCACUAAGUCUCUCUCUCUCUCUCAGCAGAGUAGGAGUGGGUAUUUGUUGGUGGUUUUAAUAGUCAAUAAAGAGAGAAAAUGGCAGUGGGUAGUGUAAUUUCUAUUGCAAUUCUAGCAAUGUCGGUAAUGUGGAUAGCUGAAGCCAGAAUUCCAGGUGUUUACACUGGUGGUGCUUGGCAAAGUGCUCAUGCAACCUUCUAUGGUGGUGCUGAUGCCUCAGGCACCAUGGGUGGAGCUUGUGGGUAUGGCAACUUGUACAGCCAAGGUUAUGGGGUGAGCACUGCAGCUCUGAGCACAGCUCUGUUCAACAAUGGACUGAGUUGCGGUGCUUGCUUUGAAAUCAAGUGCGCAAAUGACCCACAAUGGUGUCACUCAGGCAGCCCUUCCAUUUUCAUUACUGCUACAAACUUUUGCCCACCAAAUUAUGCUCUACCCAAUGACAAUGGUGGAUGGUGCAACCCUCCUCGCCCCCACUUCGACCUUGCCAUGCCCAUGUUCCUCAAGAUUGCCGAGUACCGUUCCGGCAUCGUCCCUGUUGCCUACCGCCGGGUGCCUUGCCGGAAGAGAGGAGGAAUGAGGUUCACCAUCAACGGUUUCCGUUACUUCAAUUUGGUUUUGAUCUCCAAUGUGGCGGGUGCAGGGGAUAUUGUGAAAGCUAGCGUGAAGGGUUCAAGGACUGGAUGGAUGAGCAUGAGCCGCAACUGGGGUCAAAACUGGCAAUCAAACGCUGUUCUGGUUGGUCAGUCACUCUCAUUCAGGGUCACAGGCAGUGACAGGCGCACUUCUACUUCUUGGAACCUAGUCCCAGCCAACUGGCAGUUUGGUCAAACAUUCACUGGAAAGAAUUUCAGAGUCUGACUUUAUUUAAUCUAAUUUUAACCAAAUCCCAAAAACCCAAAAAGAAAAAAAAAAUUAAAAUAAAUGAAGUGUCCCGCCAUAAUCUAUUUCCAUUUUUACCCUUUUUGGCACAAUUGUUUGAAAAGUUAAAGCAGCUUAUUUAGACAUGAGGGUGAGAAAAAGGGCCGGUUUUGAUGGUUCUGAUUGGCGUGCUGAAGUCCAUGGGGAGGGUGAAGUUUGAGAUGCUGAGGUUUGGGGCUGAAGUGGCUAUACAAAAAUUGUAAGCCCGCAGCUCUUAUAUAAUAUAGUACUAGUCUGUUUUUUGUUUUUUUGUUCUGAUCUUAUAUAAGUGUAUGAUGAUGGGUAUACCUUUGAGAAUUGUAUUGUAUUGUAUUGUACUGUACUAAUUUAUAGUUGAAUUUGCUAUGUAUUUGGUUUGUCUCCUAUAAUAUAACAUUUUCUCCUUUUUCUUUUGCAUUUUA